GCAGCAAAACAAAAAGGCCAACAAAUAAUAUAGAAAAUAAUCAAAAAGGAGAAAAAAUAGAUUUUUUUGUUGUAGAAAUCUAUAAAAGAGGCGGCAGUGUAGGCAGGCGGCAAACAAAUUGGGCAACAGCGUUUCAAGCGGGCAAUUCGAUAGAACAGCUUCCAUAUGAAGACCAUGUCGCGCUUUGGCUUGCGCCGUGGCUUCAAAUUCUCCGAGGAGCAGCAGCAGGUCAAUGGCAACAACAACAAUAAUAACAAUAACAAUAAUAAUAAUAAUGGGAAUCCAAUUGGACCAACUGCACAAAAACUGGCAACGCCGCCACGCAAAAAACGCAAUCAUAGCCUGCCUCGAGAACAGCAAUUGGAACCAAUUGAAGUGGAAGCGGAACUGGAAAAAGUGAACAGGGAGCAGAAACAACAACACCAUCAGCAGCAACAACAACAACAAUUGUCUGCCUCGCUGGUAUGCAGUGUGCCUCUGGAGCGUUUGCCGCGUCUCGUUGAAAAGUUACAGUUGCUGCAACAAAAACAACAGGAGCAGCAACAACAGCAGCAACGCGAACUUGAGGAAUAUUCAGCAACAGCUUUUAUCAAAGUUCUAUGCUUGUACUGUGAUAAGAAGUUCGCGUCCAGCAAGCUGCAGUCCAAGCAUGUGGAUAAAUUUCAUACGGAACGUAAAGAGCGACGCUGCAGCAAUCGUUCCACCAAUAACAAUAACAACAGCAACAGCACUCACAGUUCCAGUCACGCCCACUUUCCGGGCUGCCAGCAUUGCAACAAAUCCAAGUCGCAAACGUUGCAGCCACCAAUUUGUCUGCCCGCCAAACAGUUGGAGCAACUAUUUGUCCAUCUAAUUGUCAGCCAUGCGGACAAGUACUUUGGUUGCCAGCAAUGUCAGCUGCGCUUCAAUGAUGCUGCCCAGCUCCACAGCCAUAUGCGCUUGCUGCAUCAGCAACAGUUGCAGCAACAGCAGCUGCAGCUGCAACAGCAACAGUUGCAGUCACAGUCACAAUCGUCUUCUAUGAUUGGCGGUGAGGAGCCGGUGCUCUUUCGCUUGGGUCUCACUCAGAAUCGACUGCCCGGGCAGCGGCAACGCAAUCGCAACAACAAUGCAACAGCUGCAACAAAACAGCAACAUCAGCAGCAGGCAGCAGCAGCAGCAGCCGCCGUAGCAUCAGCAGCAGCAACAUCUUUGAGCAACUCCAGUAAUGUCGCUGCUGCAACAGCAACAACGGCUACCAGCAGCAGCACAGCAACAACUACAGCUCCAUCAGCAGCAGCAGCAACAGCAUCAUCAUCAUCAUCGUCGUCGUCAUCAUUAUCAUCAGGAGCAUCAUCAGCAACGACAACAGUUGCUGAUGACACACACUUUCGCAUGCCCAGCCAUAGCCACGUCUUUGAUGACAACUUCUAUCAGGAUGUGGUGCUCAAUGUGCGUCACAAUCUGCAGCAUUAUCUCGACGGUCGCCUGCGCAGCGGCCCGGCCCCACCGCAGCCGCCCACUGCUGUUGGUGCUGGUGCUGCCAGCGUGGUGGCUGCCAGCAAUCCGCAACAGUUGGCGCUGUGCAACGCCGCCUAUCCUACAUUGCUGACGGCCGAGCAGUUCGGCGAUGGUUUGGGCCUGGGACUGGAAACCUUGCCGCUGGCCAAGGCAGCGCGGCGACCGCACACCAAGCACAGCUGGAAGUGGAAAUGGGAUUACGUGAAGAAGUUCACGAUUGUCAACGAGGGCGGGCGGCUGGUCAAGAAGCUGAAGCAACCGUUUAUGGGUCUGCGCGAUUUGUCGCGCCUGGACAUGUGGACGCAGCUGACGAUGCGGCAGAAGCACGAUCUGGAGCAGCAACAGCAGCAGCAGCAGCAACAUCAACGUCUCCUAACAACAGCAACAACCACAACGACAUCAACACUUGUGCUCAGCGGCGAAUGGGCGCGUCCUCGUUUAUAUUUAUGCAUCUGCUGCGGCGCCAAGUUCGAGCAGCGCAAGGCGCUCGAAGAGCACAAGACCUUUCGCCAUUCGCACAUCUAUGCGACGCACUAUGAGCUGGUCGGACGGGAGCUGCUGGCGGGCAACUUGUUGCGGCAUCUAUUUAUGCCCAAGCGUGCGCUGAGUCGCUAUGCGGCCGAGCAUUGGCAGCAGCAGCAACAACUGCAACAGCAGCAGCAGCAACAGCAACAGUUGCUGCUGCACAAGCAGGAGCGUGCAAUUGUUGAGGACGAAGCCAUAUCCAGUUCAUCCAAUUGUUCGGCUGUGUCGUCUGCCUUUGGCAGGGGCCGAGUGAGCGGAUCGCCGUGCUCCACGGCGACAGCAACGACAACGACAACAACAGCAACUGGCAAUAGCAAUACCAGCUGCAGCAGCAGCAGCAACAACAACUCAACAUCGGUGGAGGACAACGACAGCAGCGAUAUCAAGGCGAACGCCUGCUCUCCGGCCAGCCUCACCAACAGCAACAGCAACAGUCACAGCUACAGUAACAGCAACAGUUGCAGCUAUACCAGCGGCAACAGUUGCAGCUGCACAAAAUGUGGCCGCAAGUGCAGCGGCCUGAUGGAUCUCUAUCGGCAUAUGCUCGACUGUUCGGGUGAUUACGUUUGGUCGCUGGCCAAGAAACGCAAAUACCGUUACUAUUGUGGCUCGAAGAAGCGACGCACUGCCUGCAACAAGCCCGCCAAGCAUUUCGCUCAGCUGUUGCGCAAGAACAACAAGAAGGUUAAGAAACAGGUGCCAAUGCCAGCCACUGGCCAGAAUCAGGAUCAGGAUCGGGAUCGGGAUCGAGAUGGGGACCAGGAGCAGGUGCAGGCGAGCAACAAUAAUGAUGCAUCCGAGGAGAGUUCCAAUUCAAAUUCCAAUUCGAAUAAGACGAAAACACCGCCGCGUCAACGGCCCAGCGAUGCUGAAUCGAUACGCAAAAUGCUGGAGAAUUUGCCGGCGAAACGCGUGUGCAAAAAGAUCUUUCCGAUGGACAACAAGAAACGAUCGAAGAAGCAGGGCAAACCCAAUAAGAAGCUGCAAUCGCGCAAUGCCAAGAAGCUCUACAAUCAUCAUCAUCAUCAUUUGCACCAUCAUCACCAUCAUCUGCAUCAUCAUGCGCUGCGGAAUACGCGCUCACGUUUGGUGCGUGCCAAGCCGGCUGCAGCAGCUGGUACAACAGUAACAUCAACGGUAGCAGCAGCAGCAGCCACCACAACAGUUGCUGCCAGCAAACAGCAGCAGCAGCAACAGCAGCAACCUGUGAAGCGCAGCAAGCGCAUUAGCGAUUGCAUAGCCAUGCUGACAGGGAAGCUGGAGGAGAAGCUCAAGACUGAACAGCAGCCAGCAGAGAAGGAGCAACCGUUGCCGGCAACUGAGUCCGCAACCAUAGCUGCCGAGCAGCAACAGUUGCAGCCAAAGACGCCCAAACGCAAGACCAUAUCGAGGCGCAUCAUAAAGCCGCCCAGCGAGACGGCGACAGCAGCAGCUGCGACAGCGACAACAACAAAGUCAACAACAACAACAGCAAAAACAACAAUAGCGGCAGCAACGCCAGCACCAACAGCAAUACCAACACCAGCAGCAGCAGCAAUAGUUACUAAAGUGAUUGCAAGUGCAGCGGCAACAGUUGCUCCUUUGCCAUUGCCUGUGCCAUUGCCUAUGCCUGUGCCGGUUGCUGUGCCGCUGCCCGUUGCUGUGCCCGUGCCAGUUGUAGUGCCUGCUGUGCGACGUGCCACGCCCACCAAGGCAGCCACCAAACAAAUGCAGCCAUAUGUCAAUGAACAGCAACAGCAACAUCAAUUGCAGCAGCAGCAGCAGCAGCAGCAACAAGCACCAGCACCACCACCACCAACAGCAGCAGCAGCAGCUGCAGCAGCAACAUUGCUGUUGCCGAAACUGCCAAUGUAUUUGCCAGUGCCUGCUAACUAUGUGAUGGAGCCGCAGCAGCCGCUAAAUCUGAGUCAUGUAAAGCAAACAAUUCAGAUGCAGCAGCAGCAGCAGCAACAACAGCAGCAACAGCAACAGCAGCAACGCAACUCAGCAAUGCCCGCGCGUCGUCAAACGAUUUGCGGCUUCGAGGCGCGCAAUCUGUUGCAGCUGGACGAGAUGCAACCGCUGGAUUUGUCCAAGAAAUCCAAACGUAAAUCAUCGCCAGCGCCAACACCAACACCAACAGCAGCACCGGCAGCAGCAGCACCAGCGCCAGCUCCUGCAGCGGCUACUCUGGAGCAACUGCCAUUGGCCUUGGCAUUGCCGCUAGCGCGUGGCACCGAGGCGGCCGCAGCCGCUGCUGCUGCGCAUUACUAUUCCAAUUUGGAUCUGUUGAAGAUACCGCAGGUGCGAAAUCCCGUGCUGCCGCUGCCAGUGGCAAUGCCCGCCAUGGUCGCGCAGACGCCGCCAGUCGCCGUCAAGGCGCCGGCCAAGAAGCGCGCCUCUGAGCUGGCCAGCAAAAAGGAGAAGCUGCCCGCCACGCGCAUGGACGAGGUGAUCAACAAUCAUAUCGACGAUGCCAUCAACUCGGUUAUAUUGGCCGUGCAGGCCAGCUUACCGCAGGAGGAGGAGGAGGAGCAGCAACAGCAGCAGGUGCAGCUACAACAGCAGCCACAAUUGCAGCUGCAUCAGCAGCAGGUGCAACAGCAACAACAAUUACCGCUGGCUGUGGCGUCCAGUGCUGGCGUCUUGUUUAGCACAACAGCAGCAGCAGCAACGGCAGCACCGGCAACGGCAGCUGUGGCAGUGGCAACGCCAGCAACAGUUGCAGCAGCAGCACCCGCGGCAACAACAGCUGUCACGCCAGCAACAGUUGCCAAUGCUGCUGCUGCUGCUGCUGUACCUACUCCUGCUGUGCCCGUUAGACAUCUAACGCCAAAGAAGCGCAGCAUGCGUUCCAAGACCAUCGAUUGUCGCUCGGCGUUGCUGAUGACUGCCAUACCGCCCACUAUAACAGCCACGCCCACACCCACGGUCACGCCUACGCCGACAGCAGAGGUCAUGUUGCUGCCGGAGAGCCCCCAAAUGCUAGCGAAUGACAAUGCGGAACAGCUAUUGGCAUUGCCUCCAGCUUUGGUUACGCCCCCAGCGACCACGCCCACACCGCCAGCUGCAACACUGACGCCUAUGGUUGCCACACCCACCAGCCCAAGGUCAGCAUCGCCCAAGCGAGAGUUGUCGCCAAUAUCGCCGCAGCAAUUACAGUUGCAGCUGCCGACAGCGAUAGCAGCGCCAACACCAGCAGAGGAAUCGUCGCCCGAAUCUCCCAUUGCUGACACGCCCACUGUGAAGCCAGCCAUGCCUGUGUCUGUCAUCUCUGUAGCGCCGCCCAUAACACCAGCUGCGGCAACAGCAGCAGGUGUAGCAGCAGCAGCAGCAGCAACAGUUGCAGAAACUGCAACAAUGGAAUCAACAUCGACAGAGGCAACAGCAAUUGCAACUAGUGUGUGUCGCAGUGCCACGCCCAGCAGUGGGCACGAGCUCAAUUGUAGUGCAUUGCUCGAGGAGCACAGCAGCAACAUGAACAACAACAACAACACAUCGUCCGGUUUUCAUAGUCUGCCCCAAACAGAAUUGCUGCCGACGAUUGCAACUGAGGUGGAGGCAGAGCCGGAGACAAAGCUGGAAACGAAAUUGGAGGAUGAACCGAAACCCGAAUCUCUGCCAGAGCCAGAGCAAGAGCCUGAGAGAGCUCCAGCUCCAGCUCCAGCAUCAGCAUCUGCACCAGAGACUGAGGUUGAGCCAACGCCGCCCAAGGAGGAUGCCAAGAAGAAGCAGCGACGUCGCCGCAAGAACGAGCUGGCAGCAAUUGUUGCUGAUCAGCUGCUGGAGAGCUUUAAGAUCGACAAUGCGCGCCGCGACAAUUUGAAGAAGCUCGAGAAUCUCGCGUACGAGAAGAGCGAGGAUCUGUUGCUGACGGGCAUGUUGCUCAUGUCCAGCACCAAGCGCAAUGCGUCGCUUAAUCAGCAACAGUUGUUGGCCGCAGCAACAGUUGGCGGCGAUGCGAAGCGCUGUAAAACGGAGAAUGCGCUGCCCGAGCCAACAGCAACAGUUGGUGGUGGUGGUGCUGCUGCUGCUGCUCCUCCUGCUGGACGCGGUCGACCCAAGCGCAGGCAGAGCUGCUACUACAGGCGGGGGCGUGGCAAGGCGGCGCCAUUGGGGCCGGAGACGAAUAUAAGUGCAUUGAAAUCGUCGCUGGAGAGCUUCUCAAUUGGUAUCGAGAAGCAGCUGCUGGCCAAGGAGGCUAAGGAGGCGGCAGCAGCCAAAGCCACGCCCACAGCAAGCUGCAUACUGCGACCGAGCAUCCUGUGCACCGCAGCAAAAGAGCAACAGCAGCAGAAGCAACAAUUGCAGCAGCAACAGAAUCUGAAGCAACAGCAGCAGCAGCAACAACAACAGCAGCAGCAGCAGCAACAACAGCAGCUACAGCCAUCGCCAACAACAGCAACUGUUGCUGCUGCUGCUGCCGCCGCCUUGCCCACCUACAGUCGUGAUCCGCGUCUCAAUAAAAACAUACACAAGGAGGAGCAACAUCAGCAGCAGCAUCAACAGCGACAAGUGGCAGAGCAGCAUCAGCAGCAACAACAGCAGCAACAGCACCAACAUCAGCAACAGCAGCAGCAGCACGGCGACAAUCUCGAAGAGGAAGACAACUAUCUAACGGAAAUAGCUAAGAAUGUGAACGAGAAGAUCAUGUCGGCGGCCAAUGAGGACUUUGAAUUUGCCAACGACGAGUUCGAUCAGGAGGACAAGGACGACCAGGAUAAGUUCUAUCGUCCGCCAACCUCGAUGAGUGUUCGCAGCGCUCCAAAUCUCAAUGAUGAGCACUCGAAUUUCGGCACCGACGAUGAGAAUACAAACACCGAGCUCAUGGACAUGGACAUGGAUGACGAGAUGAGUGUCUAUACGAGCUACUCGCAGGAUGUGGGUCGCACCGGACGCGGCCGUCGGCGCCGGCGACGGCGCAGCGUGCUGCUGACACGCCGGCCCAAGAAGCGCAGCAAUCGCAGCGCCCAGCUGGACGAGGCGGACAAGUUCGCCUGCCAGCUGUGCGGCAAGAGCUUCUUCACAUCGACAUCGCUGUCCAAGCACAACAUGACACUGGCUCACGUCUCCAAGCUGUCCGAGCUGGAGUAUUUGCAAUCGAAGAGCAAUGCGCCGCCCAGUCCACAGCCAGCAGCGGCAGUGGAGGCAGCAACACCAGCAGCAGCAACAGGCGCAACAGCUGCAGCAGCAGCAUCAACUGAGCAACAGUUUGUCCAACAGCUGCAACAGCUACGCGCCUCAGUGCUUGUGCCAACAGAGGCUGCUCUGCUGCGGCGGCGGCGGCGGCGGCUGCAGCGGCUGCAGCGGCUGCGGCAGCUGCUGCUUCUGCGCUUAUAUGACAACCAGCAACAGCAACACUCUCAACAGCAGCAGCAGCAACAACAGCAACACUCCUCGAGUCCCGCCCAUAGUGCAGCCCGCCUUAAUCUCAAUCCGGACGAGCGUCUCUUUUACGAGUGCUGCAACAUAUUGAAGAGUGCCACGGCAACGGCAACGGCAACAACAACGCCCUCGGUAAUUGUCAGUGCUGCCGGACGCAAGCCCGUGGAGUUGCUGACGCCCGCUAGUCCGCCAGCAGUUGAGAUAUUGUCGUCGCCCGCAUCGCCGUCGCCGUCACCUCCGCCAGUGCCAGUGCCAGUGCCACUGGCAGCAACAGUUGCAGCUGUCUCUCAUCAGCCAGUCAUACAGCAGCUCUUUCGUAAUCCGCCCGCUGCCACGCCCACCAAUCACCAUUUGCCGCAUCAUCAGCACAGUCAGCAGCAGCUGCAUCAGCACAAUCAGCAGCAGCAACAACAUCCACAACAUCCACAACAUCCGCAACAUCCACAUCAUCCGCAACAUCCACAUCACCAUCACCAUCAUCAUCAUCACCACCAUCACCACCAGCGUAUGUCGCCGAGCUACUCGGCCACAUCUCAGUUCUCAGCGCUAACUGCAACGAACAUGACCACAUCGCGCUUCAAGACCAAAGCCGCCAUGAAGGGCUACGAGACGAGCGUCACGCAGCUGCCAGUCGACAUGGAUGUGGCCAAGACGACGCGUGCAGUCUGCAAGCUCACCGAAUUGGCGGACAUUGCGCUGGGCAGCGAGAAGCCAACGGGCGUGGACUAUAUCCCCGAGCAAUUGCUAAACGAGCAGCAACAGCACCAACAACAGCAACAGCAGCAUUUGCAACAGCAACAACAAUUGCAGCAGCAACAGCUACAGCCAGGCGCUGCUGUCGCCGAGCAGAGCUCAACGUCAUCCAAGACCAUUAUGCACGCCUCGUCCAUAAUUAAGGCCACAGUUGCAACAGUUGCUGCCAGCAGCGCCACCCUGCCGCCGGCCUCUGGGCGAAUCAUUAUACCCGAGCGUCCGUUCAAGAACAUUGGACUGGAGGAGAAGGCGCCCAUUACGUUUCAGAAGCCCAAGACGAGCAUUAAUUUGCUGACGGAGGACAACAACAGCGUCUCCACGGCGAGCUACUCGGAUCGGGAUGAUUAUGAUUUUGGUACGCUGAGCUGUGAGGAUGUGGAUGGUGAUGCGGAUGGGGAUGGGGAUGGAGAUAGUGUGAAGCAACAGCAGCAUCUGCCGCAGCAGCAACUACAACAGCAGCAGCAACAGCAACAACAGCAGCAACAACAACAGCAGCAGCAGCAACAACAGCAACUGCAGCAGCCAGCGCAGCAGCAAAAGUUGCAGCCGGCAGCCAAGAAGAACGCCAAGGCAAGAGGACGAAAGGCAACUGGAGUAAAGAAAGCAGCUAGCCAACCGCCACGCAAAGAUCUAUCCAAGUUGCAGACGGAGCUGGGCAUGAGCACUGAGGACUUGGAGCAGCUCAUCGAUGAGGGUCAUCGGAAAUCGAAGCGACGCUGCGCCACAAAUCGACCCAAGAAGCUGGUCGAGACGUGGAGUUCCGAUGAGUACGAAGAGUUCCUGUCCACCAAGGAUAUCAUAGCUUUAAUUGAGCAAAAGGAGCAGCAGGAGCAGCGACGCAAGCGCAAAACCAGUGAGGCGCAACCGGCGGAGACGUUUGCAGCGCCGCGAGAGAAAGCGGUGCAGCCCGUGACGAAUGCCAAGAAUCGCAAAGGACGCAAGCAGGAGCAGCAGCAACAACAACCAGUGGAGCCGGUGCUGCAGCCCAAGCGAGCGAGGCAGCGUAUUACAGAGCCCGCCACGCCCACCAAGGAGACAAAGGCACCGCGUGCCAAGGCCGUAGCCAAGGCACCAAAGGCGACCAAGAAGCCAGCGGCGAGCAGCAGAAAGCGUGGCAAGCAGCAACAGGCAGCGGAACAGCAGGAACUGGAGCAGCAACAACAAGAACAACAAAAACAGCUGCAGCAGCAAUCGCAACGGACGCGCAGUAGUCGACAGCAGCGAAUGCGAGAAGAAUCGCCGGAGCUGAAUCAUUGCCAAGAACAGCCGCAGUCGCAUCCGCAGCAGCAACAGGAGAAGGCAGGGAGCAGUGCAAGCAAACAGGUCACAACUAACAACAACAACAAUAACAACAAUAGCAGCAGCAGCAACAAAAACUUAAAAACGAAAAGAAAGUCGCAAACGCAUCGUCAAUCGCCGGCGCGCAGGAAGCGACCGGCGAGUGAGAAACAGCUUUAUUAUUGGAGCAGCUCCAGCGAUGAUGAAUUUGGGCGCAUCAAUGUGGAGGCCGCCGAAGCAGCUGCAGCUGCAGCUGCAGCAGCAGCUGCCGAGGCUACACAAUCACAAGCUCAGUCACCUGCCGAUGUGACAUCCAAUGAGCAACAGCAACAUUCACAUGCACAGUCACAGCAGCAGCAGCCACAACAAUUAACGGCCAAACAUUUUGAUGAUAGUGAGCAAUAUCAGAAACACGGCUGGAUCGUUGGUGAUUCGCACAAGAAGCUGGUUAAGCUGCUGGCCAUUGCCAAGGGCAACAAGAAGGUGGAAAAUUGCGGCGUCAAACGGCGCACGCCCAAACGCAAAUGCUAGAAGAAGAGGAACAGUGGGAGGAGGAGAAGAUGCGUCGCCGCCGCCGCCGUCGCAGCUGGCCGGGAACACUGCCAACUGCAAUUCAAAUAUUCAAUUGAAGCGGCAAACAAGAAUGUAUUUCAUAUAUAUUUUUUCUUUCUUUAAACAAACACAUCUAAGCGUUACAUUAUUUAGGUUAUUCUCUAUUUUUUUUUUAUUAAAUGUAUUUAUAAUUAAUAAACAAAAAAUUGCGCAAGCAACAAAUAAAGA